GAGGCUGGAGGAGUGUCGUCGUCUCUGCGAUGAGUUUCCCGUGGAGGCGCAUCUUUAAUAAAUCGUGGCUGUCUUCCUUGGCAGCAGCUCCUCGCCACAGCCGGCCGCUCCACGUCGGCCAGCGAGCCUCCCUCACCAAAGCGUUCUCCUCCCACGACGUGGAGCUGUUCGCUGCGCUAACGGGCGACACCAACCCCCUCCACCUGGACCCGGCUUACGCCAGCACCACUUCCUUCGAGACGCCCAUCGUGCACGGCGUCCUCAUCAACGGCCUGAUCUCGGCCGUACUCGGGACCAGGAUGCCCGGCCGCGGCUGCGUCUUCUUGUACCAGGAGAUCCGCUUCCCGGCGCCCCUCUACAUCGGAGAGGAGGUGCUCGCCGAAGCUGAGGUCCGCAAGAUCAAGAUGUCGUUUGCCUUCAUCGCUGUGACGUGCUCGGUGAAGGACAAAGUGGUGAUGGAGGGCGAGGUGAUGGUGAUGAUGCCCGAUGAGCAGCAGCAGCAGCAGGAGUGAGAGCAGGAGGAGGAGGAUGCCACAUCUCACCAUCUCCUCAGAUAUUUAGUUGUUUGUACAUGAGGGACUUUAUAAGAAAAGCACAUAUUUAUAGGUAGAACAUUUACUGUUUCCAGCUCUGUAAUGUUUGUUUUUUGUUUAAAAUUUUUUGUG